AAUCGGGUGCUAAAUGACAAAAUGCUCUCAAGAACUUUGGCAAUAGGAAUAAUGUUAUCACAAAGUAUAAUUGGUAUUCUGGGAAAUAUCUCUCUUCUUUCCCACUACCUAUUUAUUCACUAUAAGGAACAUACAUUGAAACCUACAGAUUUAAUCCUCACACAUCUGAUCACAGCCAACUCCUUGAUAAUGGUCUCUAAAGGUGUGCCCCUCACAAUGGCAGCUUUUGGGAUAAAACAGUUCUUCAAUGAUUUUAUAUGCAAACUUCUUUUGUAUAUCCAAAGACUUGGCAGAAGCAUGUCAAUGGGCUCUAUCUGCAUCUUGAGUGUCUACCAAGCCAUCAGCAUCAGCCCAAUAAAUUCCUGCUGGAAGAAACUUAAAGUCAAAUCUUCAAACAACAUUGGCCUGUUUAUUUCCCUCUGCUGGGUCCUGUAUAUUACCUUAAAUCUUAUUUUCCCUGUGCUUGUGCAUAUCACAAGGAUUCACAAAAAUACAACAGAAAGAAGACAUGUUAUAUAUUGCUCCUCUUGGGGUGGUGAAAAAUUUGUAGGAUCACUGUACACAGCAUUAUUGGUAUGUCCUGAAGUCUUGAUUUCUGUGCUCAUCAUCUGGUCCAGUGGCUCCAUGAUUGCCUUUCUAUACAGACACAAGCAGCACAUUCAACACAUCCGGAGCACCCAUGUUUACCUCAGAACAUCCCCUGAGUCUAGAGCCACCCAGAACAUCCUGGUUCUCGUGUCUACUUUUGUAGCAUUUUAUUCCCUAUCCUCCAUAUUACAAGGUUUUGUUGCUGUUUUAUUUGAGCCCAGUUGGUGGUUGGUAAAUAUCACAGCUAUCAUUUCUAUGUGUUUUCCCACUUUGGGUCCUUUUCUUGUGAGUCGUGACUUCCUUGUAUUUAGAUUCUGUGUAUUUUGGAUAAGUAAUGUCAAAAUCCAAUAG